AUGUCAUCAAUUGAGGUACUAAUGGUCAAUCUGCGAACUCAGAAGCGCCUGGCCUCAGCGGUCAUCGGCUGCGGCCAGCGCAAGAUUUGGCUCGACCCCAACGAGCAGAGCGAGAUCUCCAACGCCAACUCUCGCCAGACCAUCCGAAAGCUCAUCUCCGAUGGCCUCAUCAUCCGAAAGCCCACCACCCAGCACUCUCGAUCGCGCGCCCGCGAGCUGAACCUCGCCCGCCGAGAGGGCCGACACCGUGGUUACGGUAAGCGUAAGGGUACCGCCGAUGCCCGUAUGCCCAGCCAGGUCCUCUGGAUGCGCCGCCUCCGAGUCCUCCGCCGUCUUUUGGUCAAGUACCGUGCCAGCGGAAAGAUCGAUAAGCACCUCUACCACGAGUUGUACCACAGCAGCAAGGGUAACGCCUUCAAGCACAAGCGUGCCCUCGUUGAGCACAUUCACCGUGCCAAGGCUGAGAAGGCCCGUGAGUCCGCCCUUCAGGAGGAGAUGGAUGCCAAGCGUGCGAAGAACAAGGCUGCCCGCGAGCGCAAGCAGGAGCGUGCGGUGGCGAAGCGAAAUGCUCUCCUUGCCGAGGAGGGUUUUGGGGCAGUCACAGUCUGCCAGUCCAGCCUCUUUGCUCGUGGAACGCUCAUCAUUCGAGUCUCGGCCCUACCCGAGCUUCCUCCACCUCCACCUCCGCCUACAUCGUCUGCACUAAAUAAGUCCAUCGUAUCAGUCAAUGACGUCCUGAGCGAGCGCGCGCUGGACAAUUCAUCACCGCAACCACCUCGUAAAGCCGCCUUUGUCUUCGUCUUUUCAAUUGCCGCCGACGCCAUGUCUCUUGCUGGCGUGAGAGGCACCUCGCGUGUUCUGCGGAGCAUCGCAAGACCAGUUGCUGUGUCCGCGACAUGUACUCGUCCAGCAUCCUCUCUAGCUUUAGAAGACCAACAGCAGGCCCUCUCAGCCCACUUGAACAAAGCUGACCCCGCCGUCUUCGACAUUAUCGAGAAGGAGAAAGAGCGCCAGAAGCAUUUUAUCAAUUUAAUUCCCUCCGAGAACUUCACCUCCCAGGCUGUGUUAGAUGCUCUUGGUAGUGUGAUGCAAAACAAAUACUCCGAAGGCUACCCAGGCGCUCGAUACUACGGCGGAAACGAGUUCAUCGACCAGUCUGAAAGACUGUGCCAACAACGUGCUCUCGAAUCAUUCGGCCUUGAUCCCAAGCUAUGGGGAGUCAACGUUCAAGCUUUAUCUGGAGCUCCUGCCAACCUCUACGUCUAUUCCGCUCUAAUGAACACACACGAUCGUUUAAUGGGCCUUGAUUUACCGCAUGGAGGUCACCUAUCUCAUGGUUACCAGACACCCACCAAGAAAAUUUCAGCCAUAUCAAAGUACUUUGAAACUCUACCGUACAGACUCAACGAAACGACGGGAUAUAUCGAUUACGACAAGCUAGAGGAGAUGGCAAGCAUAUAUAGACCCAAGGUCAUAGUUGCCGGCGCGAGUGCCUAUAGCCGACUUAUUGACUAUCAACGUAUGCGCGAAAUCUGCGAUAAAGUCAACGCCUAUCUUCUUGCCGACAUUGCCCAUAUCUCUGGUCUAGUCGCAGCAAAGGUCAUACCUGGGCCGUUUGCACACGCCGAUAUCGUCACCACGACGAGCCACAAGAGCUUACGAGGUCCCCGGGGUGCUAUGAUCUUCUUUAGAAAAGGCGUGCGAAGACAAAAUCCUAAGACGAAGGAAGAUAUCCUUUACGACCUGGAGGGCCCUAUCAAUAAUUCCGUCUUUCCCGGCCACCAGGGUGGUCCUCAUAACCACACCAUCACAGCUCUCGCUGUAGCUCUAAAACAGGCCCAAACCCCCGAAUUUCAAGCCUAUCAAUCCCAAGUUCUAAAAAAUGCAAAGGCAUUCGCGAAACGCCUGAGUGAACCCAAGGGCAAGGGUGGCUUAGGCUACAAACUCGUCAGCGGAGGAACCGAUAACCACUUGGUCUUGGCUGAUCUUAAGCCCCAAGGCAUCGACGGUGGUCGAGUCGAACGUGUCUUGGAACUAGUCGGCGUUGCGGCCAACAAAAACACUGUCCCUGGAGACCGCUCUGCCUUAGUCCCUGGCGGUCUUCGCAUGGGUACACCCGCCAUGACCACUCGUGGCUUCAGUGAGGAUGACUUCGUUCGUGUCGCUGAUGUAGUGGAUCGCGCUAUCAUCAUUGCUUCUCGAAUCGACAAGGCUGCUCGGAAGGCGGCGGAAGAGAAGGGUGACAAGAGUCCAGGCAAGAUAAAGGUCUUUCUAGAACAUCUCGGUGACGGUGAGACACAGUCUGAAAUCGUUCAACUUCGCAGUGAGGUCGAGGACUGGGUUGGCACAUACCCUCUACCGUGGAGCACCGCACAAUAA